AGAGACAGAGAGAGUCGAAAGCUUGAAUCCUAGUAAAAAUGGCUUCGUCUCCAGCGUCUCUCCCCUUGUCAUUAUCUUCUCCCUACUCCUCUUCUUAUUCUUUCUUAUCAAGCACCAGAUACAAUCCGUUUCUUCUUAUCCAUCGCAAAAGGGUUCCAAAGGGAACUGUUCGACCUCUGAUUAUGGCGUCUGACUCCUCUAAUGCUCGUCAGAAAUCGACAAAAUUGGUUACAUUUUUGGGGAAAGGAGGCUCCGGCAAGACUACUUCGUCCAUCUUCGCCGCUCAGCAUUAUGCCAAAUGUGGUUACAAAACUUGCCUUGUGAUAAAUUCUCUAGACCCUACGGCUGAAUUUCUCUUGGAUCGCAAGAUUGGAACUUCUCCAACGACAUGUAACAACAAUCUCUCAGCUAUGAGGCUGGAAACUAGUAAAAUGCUACUUGAACCUUUCAACUACCUCAAGAAAGCUGAUGCUCAACUUAAUAUAUUUCAAGGGGCUCUCGAUGGGGUUGUAGGAGAAGAACUUGGGGUGCUUCCGGGAAUGGAUUCCAUUUUUGCAGCUUUAAUGCUUGAAAAGCUUAUAGGUUUUCUUGGAAAUAAUAUUGGAAAAAAACGUCAACAAGAGAAAUUUGAUGUUGUUGUUUAUGAUGGUAUAAGUACGGAAGAGACUUUGAGAAUGAUUGGGUCGGCUAGCAAAGCAAGGUUGUACUUGAAGCACAUGAGGACUUUGGCUCAGAAGACUGAACUUGGGAGGGUGGCUAGUCCCUCUCUGUUAAGACUUGUAGAUGAAGCUCUGAAUUUGGAAGGAAAUAAUUCUGCUCUUAAUGGAAGAACUAGUUCUGAGAUAUGGGACAAUCUGGAAAAGAUACUGGAGAAAGUAUCUUCUGUCUUUGUUGAACCAAAUAGAUUUGGUUGCUAUCUUGUGAUGGACCCGAAAAAUCCUAUUUCCGUAACUUCCGCAAUGCGAUAUUGGGGUUGUUCCAUUCAAGCAGGUGCUCAUGUUUCUGGUGCAAUCGGUGUCUCAUCUCCAAAUUCUUCCAUGGAAUCAAUGAAGAUUAUAAUGGAAGACUUCUCACCUCUUCCUUAUUCUUUCAUUCAAUAUGUAUCAAUGAACUCUGCUCCUGAUUGGGACAAUGUUAUAUCUAAUAAGGGAAGUAUCGAUACUAGAGAACUCCUUUCUUUCGAUCAAAGCCAUGAAGGCGUAAUUACACCAUCUGUUAAAUUUGAUUUCGCUAUGAAAUCUGUUACACUCUUUAUGCCGGGCUUUGAGAAAUCAGAUAUCAAGCUUUACCAAUAUAGAGGAAGAUCGGAGUUGCUUGUGGAGGCAGGGGAUCAAAGACGCGUUAUCUUUCUCCCACCACAGAUUCAAGGGAAGGUCGCGGGUGCUAAGUUCUUAGGAAGAAGCCUUGUUAUCACCCUAAAGCCUUGAGAG